AUGGCGGAGUCAAAGCCGCCCACGCCGCCCGAGGCACCCGCACUCGCGGCCCCGACGCCGGCGACAACAACAGCAAAACCGGCCACAACAAAUGCUCUCCCCUCCUCCUCCGCCGCCGAAGCCUACAAGGCCCCGAAUCCGAAUCCGGUCUGGCAGAUGCUCGGCAUGCGCGGCCCGCCGAAACGCCUGCCCUCCCGCAACUGGAUGAUCUUCCUCUCCAUCACCGGCGCCUUCUCCGCCGCCGUCGUCUACGACAAGCGCGAGAAGAAGCGCGCCACCGCCCGCUGGGCCCGCGCCGUCGCGCCCCUCGCCGCCGAGCCCGUCGCCAACCCCUCCCAGCUGCCCCGCAAGCUCACCGUCCUCCUCGAGGCGCCCCCCGGCGACGGCCUCCGCGUCGCCCAGGACCACUUCCUCGAGUACGUCAAGCCCAUCCUCGCCGCCUCCGGCCUCGACUGGGAGUUCGUCCAGGGCCGCGAGCAGGGCGACGUCCGCGCCGCCGUGGCCGAGAAGAUCCGUCGGCGCAGGUCCCGCGAGGAGAGGCCCGAGCAGGAGCUCCUCCCCACCGAGGAGAACCUCCGCGACGCCGUCCGCCAGAAGAACGCAAUCCCCGAAUUCGACGGUCCCGCCGGCGACAUCGUCAUCGGGAGGCACACGUGGAAGGAGUACAUCCGCGGCCUGCACGAGGGCUGGCUCGGCCCGCUCGACCCGCCCCCGAAGCCCGAAGAGCCCCCCAAAGAAACGACGCCCGAGACCGGCGCCGACGGCGAGGAGAAGAAGAAGGAAGAAGAACCCAAGAAAGAGGAGGAAGAGAAGAAGAAACCCUCCCGCCCGCCCCAACCGGUCCCCCACAACACCACGGACGACUACCCGACCGCGCACCUCCCGCUCCUCAUCCCCUCCGAGUUCUCCCCCUCCGAACCCAUCCCCUUCCCCCACGUCCUCGGCUUCUCCGCCACCUUCACCCGCCUGCGCCGCUUCCUCACGCGGCGCCGCCUCGCCGACGACGUCGGCCGCCAGGUCGCGGCCGUCUGCUUCGCCCACGCCCGCGAGUACCGCGAGGACAUGUCGACCUCCUCCCCCGACGAGGAGCCCUACGAGCAGCAGCGCGCGCUGGCGCACGAGGAGAAGGACUGGGCCAAGAGCGCGUGGAAGAAGCCCGAGGACGCGCGCGACGACGAGGAGAGGGCCGAGCUCUCCACCGAGCGCGUCUGGACGUCCCCCGUCGUCGUCGACCCCCGCAUCGCCGGCCGCAUGCGCAGGUUCGAGAUCCGCCCCGAGGACGAGGAGCGCGCGCGCGCCAUCGAGGUCCCCGAGACCGAGGUCGAGGGCUGGAUCAAGGGUAGCCUGAGGUCGUUGGGCGUCUGGGGGUGGGAGUACUUCGUCGCCGGCGGGCCCAAGGGGCCGAAUGUCGGCAACAUUGACGACGAGUGA